AUGGCAGAUACACCGGUCGUCAAGCUCCUUGAGAAGCUGAUGGAGAUUCCCUCCGUCAGCGAGCAGGAACAACAGAUCGGAAUAUUUCUAGCGGACCAUCUCAAGUCCCUGGGCUAUACCGCGGAGCUCAUACCGAUAUCACCCAACUCCGACCGCUGCAAUGUAUACGCGUACUUGGGUAAAGACCGCAAGGCUAGAACGCUCCUCACUUCACACAUGGACACGGUCCCGCCGCACAUUCCGCUGAGCAUCAAGGGGGACGUUAUUUUCGGCCGCGGGGCAUGCGACGACAAGGGACCUCUAGCGGCGCAGAUUGUUGCGCUGGAAGAGCUGCGGGCGGAGGGUUUGGUGAAAGAUGGCGACGUGGCUCUGCUCUUUGUUGUGGGGGAAGAGAAGGGAGGGCCUGGAAUGCUUGCUGCGAAUGAGAUGGGCUUGAGCUGGGAGGCUGUCAUUUUUGGAGAGCCCACCGAGGGCAAGCUGGCUACUGGGCACAAGGGCCAUUUUGUCUUCGAGCUGUUUGUAACUGGCACUGCUUGCCACUCGGGGUACCCGCAUCUGGGGAAGAGUGCCACCGCAACGCUCGUUGCUGUGCUGGAUGAGCUGAAAGCACUCGAGCUGCCUACAUCGCAACUCCUGGGUCCGACUACAUUUCACUGCGGUAAGAUGCAGGGUGGAGUCGCCUACAAUGUUCUCGCUGCUGACGCCUACGCCCUUUGUGGUAUUCGUGUUGCGGCUGACUUGCACGGCAUCGAGAGAAUGGUGGAAGAGGUUGUCGGUAGAUAUCCCGAUGUCACGAUGAAGAAGUCAUUCGGCUAUCCGGAGACUUUGCUGGACCAUGAGAUCGAAGGCUUGGACUCGAUGCCGGUUUCAUACGGCACUGAUGUCCCUCGACUGAAUGGAACCCAUAAAAAGUAUCUUUAUGGCCCGGGUUCGAUCUUGGAUGCGCACGGAGAAAACGAGCAGGUUGCGAUUCCGGAUUUGAUCGAGUGUGUGGCUGUUUACAAGAAGCUGGUUCUCCAAAUGCUGAAUCCUAAUCAGUGA